GAGCAUUACGCAAUUGAUAGCGUGUAUGCCAGCUUAUUUUUAGCUGGAAAACGGACCCAGCAUCCGCACUCAAAUUCCCGCUGCAGCCAGGCAAUUGGCUGGCAGCUGCCCCACUCACACUCCAGUUUCUGGUUAAGCGAAAAGCCACCCAACCCACUCCAUUCCCACUCCAAAAAAAAACACCUUGCUCCAACCACCGAGCAGUGGUUGUUAUGGCAUUCGGUGAACGCAUUUUGUAACAUGACAAAAUAGCGUAGCAUACAUUUCAGGGGUUGCAAAUGUGCAACAUUGAUUGGCACGGCCAACUGGCAAAUUGGCCACGGGGCCUCCAAUUGGGGCGCUUGCGCAGGCGCAGCUUACGUGUAUUCCUAUAAUUACAUAACCUGGCGAUAACCGAUUCGAAAAGGAUGCUGCUGUGCCACUUGGCGAAACCAAAAGCGAAACCGAAACAGAACCACAACUGCACUUGUUGCUGGCACAGCGCGGCGUUUGGCAAUUACUUUCGUAACGAACAAAACGCGUCGGGAAAAGAACUUGCAACAAAGUUACAAAAAUAAUCAAUUAGUAUAAACAUAAACCUUUGCAGUUAUACAAAAUGUGGCAUAUUGAGCAUAUGGAAAUCAAUUGUUGCGUUAACAUUACCUGAACUUUUGAACCAAAAACCAAGGGCACAUAUGAACAAAAUGAUGUGAGCGUGUAAUCAAAUUUUGUGGCAUUUGUGAGCAAGUCUUCAAAAGAAGUGGAAGUUUCGAACUUUCUUCGGUUCUUUCGCGGUUUCUAAUUCGCAUUUAUACCGGCACUAGUUUAAUUAUUGUGCGGCUUGAAGUGGACUAUCCUACAGAACCGAAAAUGGACGACGAGAGCGACGACAAGGAUGAUACAAAAAGCUACCUUUGCAGGAAAUCGCGUAAUCUCAGCGAGAAGAAGCGGCGGGAUCAGUUCAACUCGCUGGUCAACGAUCUGAGCGCAUUGAUAUCCACCUCCAGUCGAAAGAUGGACAAGUCCACGGUCCUCAAGUCCACGAUUGCCUUCCUGAAGAAUCAUAAUGAGGCCACCGAUCGCUCCAAGGUUUUCGAAAUACAACAGGACUGGAAGCCCGCGUUCCUCAGCAACGAUGAGUACACUCAUCUCAUGCUGGAGUCCCUCGAUGGUUUCAUGAUGGUCUUCAGCAGCAUGGGCUCCAUCUUCUACGCCUCGGAAAGUAUUACCUCCCAGCUGGGUUAUCUGCCGCAAGAUUUGUACAACAUGACCAUAUACGACCUGGCCUACGAGAUGGACCACGAGGCGCUGCUGAACAUCUUCCUCAAUCCCACGCCGGUAAUCGAGCCCAGACAGACGAACAUCAGUUCCAGCAACCAGAUCACCUUCUACACCCAUUUGAAACGCGGCGGCAUGGAGAAAGUGGAUGCCAAUGCCUACGAGUUGGUCAAAUUCGUGGGCUACUUUCGUAACGAUACCAACACCUCGACGCCCUCCAGUGCAGAGGCAUCGAAUGGCUCAAAUGGACAACCUGCGGUGCUGCCGCGCAUCUUCCAGCAGCACUCCAAUGCCGAGGUGGACAGGAAGCUGGUUUUCGUGGGCACGGGACGCGUACAGAAUCCGCAGCUGAUCAGGGAAAUGAGCAUUAUCGAUCCCACCAGUAAUGAGUUCACCUCGAAGCACAGCAUGGAGUGGAAGUUUCUGUUUCUGGAUCACCGCGCACCGCCAAUCAUUGGAUAUAUGCCCUUUGAGGUUCUGGGCACUUCCGGCUAUGAUUACUACCACUUCGAUGAUCUGGACAGCAUUGUGGCGUGCCAUGAAGAGCUGAGGCAAACGGGCGAGGGCAAGUCCUGCUACUACAGAUUCCUCACGAAGGGCCAACAGUGGAUAUGGCUGCAAACGGACUACUAUGUGAGCUACCACCAGUUCAACUCCAAGCCGGACUACGUGGUCUGCACCCACAAGGUGGUCAGCUAUGCCGAGGUUCUCAAGGAUUGUCGCAAGGAUGGCAAAAAGUCGGGAAAUAGCAGCAACAGCACCACCAACAAUGGCAGCAGCAAGGUGAUUGCCUCCGCGGGAACCAGCAGCAAAUCCGCAUCUGCCACCACAACACUGAGGGACUUCGAGCUGAGCAGCCAGAAUCUGGAUGGCACAUUGCUGGGCAAUAGUCUGGCCAGUUUGGGCAACGAAACGGCCGCCACCUCACCCGCCGUCGACUCAUCGCCCAUGUGGUCCGCCUCGGCGGUCCAGCCGUCUGGUUCCUGCCAAAUAAAUCCGCUGAAGACAUCGCGUCCCGCCUCGAGUUAUGGCAACAUCAGUUCCACAGGCAUAUCUCCGAAGGCCAAGCGAAAGUGCUACUUCUACAACAACCGGGGAAAUGACUCGGAUUCCACGUCCAUGUCCACGGAUUCGGUCACCAGUCGGCAGUCCCUGAUGACGCACGUCAGUUCGCAAAGCCAACGGCAGCGGUCGCAUCACCAUCGAGAAAAUCAUCACAGUCAGUCACAUCAUCACAUGCAGCAACAGCAACAGCAGCAGCAGCAACAGCAGCAGCAACAGCAGCAGCAUCAGAAUCAGCCGCAGCAACAUCAGCAGCAGCAGCAACAGCAGCAGCAUCAACUGCAGCAGCAGCUGCAACAUACAGUGGGCACUCAGAAAAUGGUGCCCCUCCUGCCGCUUGCGCCCACGCAAAUUAUGACUGGAAAUUCGUGUCAGUUCCCGCAACCCGCCUAUCCGCUGGCUAGUCCCCAACUGGUGGCACCCACAUUUCUGGAGCCGCCACAAUAUCUCACCGCCAUUCCCAUGCAACCAGUGAUAGCUCCGUUUCCGGUGGCGCCAGUUCUUUCGCCACUGGCGCAACCACAACCGGAUAUGCUGCCUGACACGGUGGUGAUGACGCCGACGCAGAGUCAGCUGCAGGAUCAGUUGCAGCGCAAGCACGAUGAGCUGCAAAAGCUGAUCAUGCAGCAGCAGAAUGAGCUGAGGAUCGUCUCGGAGCAGCUGCUCCUCUCCCGCUACACAUAUCUGCAGCCCAUGAUGUCAAUGGGAUUCGCACCGGGCAACAUGACAGCAUCAGCGGUGGGCAAUUUGGGUGCAGGUGGCCAGCGGGGCAUGAACUUCAGCAGCAGCAAUGCCGUGCAGCCGCAGUUCAAUCAGUAUGGCUUCGCGCUGAACUCGGAGCAGAUGCUCAACCAGCAGGAUCAGCAGAUGAUGAUGCAGCAGCAGCAGAAUCUGCACACGCAGCACCAGCACAAUCUGCAGGCGCAGCAUCAGAGCCACUCGCAGUUGCAGCAACACAGUCAGCAGCAAAAUCAGCAGCAACAGCAGCAGCAGCAACAACAGCAACAGCAACAGCAACAGCAGCAACAACAGCAACAGCAACAACAGCAGCAGCAGCAACAACAGCAGCAGCAGCAGUUGCAGCUGCAGCAGCAAAAUGAUAUCUUACUGCGCGAGGACAUCGAUGAUAUAGACGCCUUCCUUAAUCUAUCACCGCUGCACUCGCUGGGCUCGCAAUCCGCCAUCAAUCCCUUCAACUCCGGCAGCAAUAACAACAAUCAAAGCUUCAAUGGCGGAGGUAAUCAGAAUAAUGGCAACCAGAAUAGCAACAACAAUCGCAGUACAAAUCCCCCGCAAAACAACAAUGAGGACUCUCUGUUGUCCUACAUGCAAAUGGCCACCGAAUCGAGUCCUUCGAUCAACUUUCACAUGGGCAUCAGCGAUGAUGGCUCUGAAACGCAGAGCGAGGACAACAAGAUGAUGCACACUUCCAGCAGCAAUCUGGUGCAGCAGCAGCAGCAGCAGCAACAGCAGCAGCAACAGCAGCAGCAGCAACAGCAGCAGCAGCAGCAACAACAGCAGCAGCAAAUCCUGCAGCAGCAGCAACAGCAAUCAAACAACUUCUUCAGUUCGAAUCCCUUUCUCAACAGUCAGAAUCAGAACCAAAAUCAGUUGCCAAACGAUCUGGAAAUAUUGCCAUACCAGAUGUCCCAAGAGCAAUCACAGAAUCUAUUCAACUCGCCUCACACAGCACCGGGCAGUAGUCAAUAGCUGGUACCCACUGUAUAUAACUCUCUUUAGCGAUAGGAAAAGAUCCACAUAGUUGUGUAUUAUCAAGUUUGGCCUCUGGCUCUCUUUAUCGAACCUCCUCCUCUAUCGGAAGCCCAGAGCUAGUUGUAGAUCUCAACAGACUGAGUAUUGUCCCACCCCGCCCCCUUCAUGUGUUAUAUAUAUCACAUAGGUACAUACAUAUAGUACUAUAGGAAAGUUCUCAAAAAACAUCAAUUGUAAGUAGCUUCUAAAUCGUUGUACAUAAUGGUAUAUUUAGUUUGUAGCGAAAGCCCAUCGUUUCCAUAGGUUAGUCUUUAUCCAGUAAGUGCCAUCGAGGCGCCAAAAGGGAUCUCUGAUACGAAAUCGAACCUUAAAGCCUAAUCCUAAGUUAUUUGUAUUCUAAUUUACUGAGCAGCGACUAACUAGCGAACGAGUUGAGCAAAGCUAAUCCAAUUCCAUAUUAUUUUCAAGACUGGGCUUCAUCAUCGAGGUCGAAAAUUAUAUUUAUCGUACGAUUUAGUUUUAUUCUGUACAUGAUUAUAUAUAACUCAAAACUCAGGUUGAGAUUGCAACUGACAUUUAUUUCGCUGUGAACAUAUUCCCAUAAGUUUUCUUUAGGCCCGAUCUUUUCCGACAGCUGAAAUACUGAAUUACUGAAAUAUCAUUAGUUCAAUCGUUAUUCCCCAUUUCCCAAUGCAUUCAUAUUUUGGUGUUGGAAAAGUUCGUUCGAAUAUGCUUCGAUUUGCAGCUGAUAAAGAGCCAAAUGCUUUAAAACUUAGAACUUGUAAAUGGAAAGAUACUAUCUUAAACUCAACUACAACUACCUUAAUAAUUUUAGUUACUCAAUGUUUAAGAAUUGUACAUACCUAUACAACGAGUCGAUAGCACUUGCUUAAGCCUGUAAAUACGCGUACGAUGAGGAUACUAACAUAUAGACCCCCUUUGUACAUAACUGUUUAUAUGUUUUUCAAAAGAGCUCAACAAAAACAAAUCCAAUUGAACAUGCUAAUCAAACCAAAAAUCAAGAACACUAUUAAUACCGAGUUGUAAUAAAGCAAAACAAAAAACAGUUACGAAAA